GUUCUUAUCCACACAUAACCUUCUACUGAAAGUCUGAAAGACGAACCGAGUUUGGAAACAGCUGCAGGCCAGCCCACGUUUUCUCUCUUCAGCUGGUUUUUGGGGGCAAACCAAGGAAAUAGCCUGGAGAUUUGAAAAUCCAAGUGCUAUAUACCAAAUAAACACAGUUUAUUUUCAUGGGCUCUUUAGAAAGCUCGGGAGCAGAAGUUGUAACGGUUGAUGUUCAUGAAGCUAAGGAUUUGAUCAAGUCUGGGUAUGCAUAUCUUGAUGUUAGGACGGUGGAAGAGUACAAGAAAGGGCAUGUGGGUGCAGACAAGAUCUUCAACAUCCCUUACAUGUUCAUUACACCAGAAGGGAGGGUGAAAAAUCCACAAUUCUUGGAGGAGGUUUCUUCUGCUUGCAACAAAGAGGAUCAUCUUAUUGUGGGUUGCCAAAGUGGGGUGCGGUCUCUGUAUGCAACUUCUGAUCUGCUUACCGCUGGUUUUAAGGAUGUGAGCAACAUGGGAGGAGGUUAUCUUGCCUGGGUGGAGAGUGGGUAUCUUGUGCCAAAGCCAGAAGCUGAGAAUGUAUCUCUUGUGCCAAAGCCAGAAGCUGAGCUCUGAUUGUAUAUAAAAACCACAAUUUUCCUUGAGCAAAAGAGGGGGAGAAAUAAAUUUAUGCUGGCAAGUUCCACUUAAAAUGUAUUUAAAUCAGUGAGCAAAAUACUAAGUGAUGUAUGUAGUUAAUUUGGUUUGUCAAGUUAUUUUGAUUUUGCUUUUGCUUUGACCAUAGGCAUAAUGAAGUAUCUUUUGGGGAUGCCAACUAUAAUUUGGAGAUUCUUUUAUGUAAACAUGUGUUGGGUUUUACUGAUCCAAAGUUGGAUUGAAAAAAUACUGCUCUAGAAUAUAUGCAAUGCCCUGCAAAUUCUCUUUCGAA